GCUUUGAGCUGACUUGUUAUCUAAUAUCUUGUAUUUUGUUGGUAUUUUGCAAUAAAACCGGAUCAACGAAGUUACAACUUGAAUCUUGAAAUUAUUAUAAUAAAAUAAUAUAGCAUAGUAUGGAGCAAUUACGUUUCGACGGUCGCGUCGCGGUAGUGACGGGUGCUGGUGGUGGCUUGGGCAAAGCAUAUGCAUUGCUCUUGGGCUCCAGAGGCGCUAAAGUCGUGGUGAAUGACCUUGGCAGUGCAAGGGACGGUGUGGGCAAGUCAAACUUUGCAGACGCUGUUGUGAAGGAAAUCAAAGACAAAGGCGGUGAAGCCGUAGCCGACUACAACUCAGUAGUUGAAGGCGAGAAGAUAAUUAAAACAGCUCUCGACAAAUAUGGCCGUGUUGAUAUUCUCAUCAAUAAUGCGGGAAUCUUGCGUGAUAGGAGUUUCCCCAAGAUCUCUGAACAGGAUUGGGAUCUCGUCAAUGCAGUUCACUUGAAGGGUGCGUUCAAAACAACGCAGGCAGCAUGGGAGACCUUCAAGAAACAGAAGUUUGGGCGCGUCGUGAUGACGUCGAGUAAUGCGGGUCUAAUGGGCAACUUUGGACAAUCUAAUUACAGUGCCGCAAAAAUGGGUCUGGUCGGUCUAGCGAGUACACUCGCGAUCGAAGGUGCUAAAUAUAACAUAAAAGUGAACACGAUUGUACCGACCGCGGCCUCCCGGCUCACGGAGGACAUUCUGCCCCCGGACAUGUUCCAGGCUAUGAAGCCGGAGCUCAUUGCCCCGGUUGUGGCAUACAUGGUACACGAUUCAUUCGAAGACAGCGGCAUCAUAAUAGACUCGACGCUCGGUUUUGCGCACAAGGCUCACUUGGUCAGGUCAAAAGGCACGCCAUUGAGGAACAACCCAUCAGACCCAGUAACAAUAGAAUCCGUGAAAGAAAAAUGGACGGAUGUCGUCAACAUGAGCAGCGCGAAGAGGAUCGACAAAAUCACAGAAGUCACUAUGGAUUUGGUGCAGAGCUUGCAGGACUUCGAGGAACGAAGCAAGUUGGACAGCGAAAAUCCAUCGCACUGGUCGACUUAUAGUUACAACUCGAAGGACCUUGUUUGUUACGCUUUAGGAGUUGGUGCAUCCGUGGUGAACCCAUCAGACCUUAAGUUCUUAUACGAGAGCCAUGAAGAUUUCACAGCUUUGCCGACUUUCUUCAUCUUAAUGGGAAUGUGCAUGGAAUCGCCUGUAGUUAGCAAGGCAAUGCCUCCUGGCAAAUAUGCUGAUUUCACUAAUAUUCUACACGGAGAGCAGUACGUGGAGUUCCUGGACGAAUUCCCAGGUACUGAGGGACAAUACACAACCAGAAACUAUGUGGUCGACUUAUUGGACAAGGGCUCGAGUGCUGUUGCUAUUGUUAACAGCGAGAUAUACCAAGACAAGCAGCUAGUUUUACGCACACAGCAGCACAUCUUCGUAGUCGGCCAGGGUGGGUUCAACGGGCCUAGGAACAGUAGCAAGGCGGUCGGAGUGCUCCCGGCGCCCAAGAGGAGCCCUGAUGCUGUAGUGGAACAGAAGACGGCGGAGGACCAGGCUGCUUUGUACAGGUUGUCCGGCGACUUGAACCCACUCCACAUCGACCCGAACGUAGCCACAGCCAGCGGUCACCCGCGCCCAAUUUUGCACGGACUCGCUUCGCUCGGCUUCUCCGCUAGACACGUGCUCGCCAAAUUCGCCGGCAACGACCCUAAAAACGUGAAAGCUAUAAAGGCGCGUUUCGCCAAGCCAGUGUUGCCAGGACAGACGCUGGUCACCGAGAUGUGGUUGGAGGGCAAGAGAGUGCACUUCCAGACUAAAGUGAAGGAGACUGGCAACACUGUUAUUGCGGGAGCCUACGUAGACAUGAAGAACGUAGUACAAUCAAACUCUGCGGCGGCUCAGAGCCCGCCUUCAGACUUGAAGAGCGACUCUCUAUUCAUGAAGAUACAGGAAGAAGUUAAAGCAAACCUCGAUAAGGCUAAGAGCGUUGCUGCGGUAUUCGUGUAUAAGAUCACAAAGAAUGGAAAGCUCGUGAAAACAUGGACAAUGAAUCUUAAGUCAGAUAUCGGAGUAUAUGAAGGAGAGCCCAAGACUGGUAAAGCUGAUACCACAAUAACAGUCAGCGAUGAUGAUCUAAUUGAAAUUGCUUCAGGCCAAUUGAGCCCACAAACUGCAUUCCUAAAGGGAAAAAUAAAGAUCUCUGGCAACCUCAUGCUUGCUCAAAAACUUGGUCCUCUGCUAAAGUCUAGCUCGAAAUUGUAAAAAGGUUAAGCAUUUAUGAAAUAUGGGAUUAUUAAGGUUAAUCACACACCAGUGUCAAUCUAUGUAAUAAGGAUAUGUUAAUGAAAUUUUAUUUUACAUAUUGUUAUGUAUUUAUAAUCAUUCCAACAUAUUGUAAGGUGGAGGAAUAAAUUUUUAUUGUUUUUA